GCGUCCCGCUCCGAUGGCCGCCCCCGGCUCCCUGCGCUGCCCCCUCUCCCCCGGGCCGCGCCCCGGGGCCCCGCACUGACGGCCCAUGGCGCCGCCCGCCGCCCGCCUCGCCCUGCUCUCCGCCGCCGCGCUCACGCUGGCGGCGCGGCCCGCGCCCAGCCCCGGUCUCGGCCCCCGUCCCGAAUGUUUCACAGCCAAUGGUGCAGAUUAUAGGGGAACGCAGAGCUGGACGGCGCUGCAAGGCGGGAAGCCAUGUCUGUUCUGGAACGAGACUUUUCAGCAUCCGUACAACACUCUGAAAUACCCCAACGGGGAGGGGGGCCUGGGCGAGCAUAACUAUUGCAGAAACCCAGACGGAGAUGUGAGCCCCUGGUGCUACGUGGCGGAGCAUGAGGACGGCGUCUACUGGAAGUACUGCGAGAUCCCCGCCUGCCAGAUGCCUGGAAACCUCGGCUGCUACAAGGAUCAUGGAAACCCACCUCCUCUAACUGGCGCCAGUAAGACAUCGAACAAACUCACCAUACAAACCUGCAUCAGUUUUUGUCGAAGCCAGAGGUUCAAGUUUGCUGGGAUGGAGUCGGGCUACGCUUGCUUCUGUGGGAACAACCCCGACUACUGGACGUACGGGGAGGCGGCCAGCACCGAGUGCAACAGCGUCUGCUUCGGGGAUCACGCCCAGCCCUGCGGCGGCGACGGCCGGAUCAUCCUCUUCGACACUCUCGUCGGCGCCUGCGGUGGGAACUACUCGGCCAUGACCUCUGUCAUCUACUCCCCUGACUUUCCGGACACCUACGCCACGGGGAGGGUCUGCUACUGGACCAUCCGGGUGCCGGGAGCCUCCCGCAUCCACUUCAGCUUCACCCUAUUCGACAUCAGGGACUCCGCCGACAUGGUGGAGCUGCUGGACGGCUACACCCACCGGGUCCUGGUCCGCUUCAGCGGACGGAGCCGCCCCCCUCUGUCCUUCAAUGUCUCUCGGGACUUCGUCAUCCUGUAUUUCUUCUCCGACCGCAUCAACCAGGCCCAGGGGUUCGCUGUCUUAUACCAAGCCGUCAAGGAAGAACUGCCCCAGGAGAGGCCCACUGCCAACCAGACGCUGGCCGAGGUGAUCACAGAGCAGGCCAACCUCAGCGUCAGCGCUGCCCGGUCCUCCAAGGUCCUCUACGUCAUCACCACCAGCCCCAGCCACCCGCCCCAGACCAUCCCAGGUAGAUGGACUGUGUACGGCCUGGCAACUCUCCUCAUCCUCACGGUCACAGCCAUUGUAGCGAAGAUACUUCUGCACGUCACGUUCAAAUCGCAUCGUGUUCCUGCUCCCGGGGACCUUCGGGAUUGUCACCAAGCAGGGACGUCAGGGGAAAUCUGGAGCAUUUUCUACAAGCCUUCUACUUCGAUUUCCAUCUUUAAGAAGAAGCUCAAGGGUCAGAGUCAGCAAGACGACCGCAACCCCCUUGUGAGCGACUGAAGCGCCCCGUCCUUCCCGGGACGCGAGGCUCCCCCGAGCGCGAGGCCGCAGGGGGCCGCCUCCCCCGUGGUUUCUGCCCACGAGCCCUUCCCUGCCUCUCCGCCGCCGCCUCUCCAGGGGUGCCUGCCAGUGGACUGGGAAGGGCGCCCUGAGGCAGGGGCAGCGUGGCCUGGGUCCCUCCUGCUUCAUCGGCUGCACUUCAGAGGGAGACACUCAGGGUCCCAGGUCCGGGGCCUCCUGCGUGUGUCUCUCUCUGGUCUAGGAGUAGGGGCGUCGGGACACCGGGGCUGAGAGGACGAAGACGGCUGUGUCCAGCACUGGGUUCAGGUACCUUCUAGGUGACUGUCAGGUGGUGGGUAAGUGUAGCGUACGUUCACUCUUUCUUGCUUCUUCUUCAUGUUGUCCACACACAGACCACUUUCUCCUGGUCGUCGUGGUUUGCAAGAGGGCCGGGCAGAGAAUUCUGAGGUUCUCUUGAGGGUUGGCCUGGGCCGGUGCUCCCGCAUCCCAAAGCCCUAAAGAGGGCCCACGCUCCGUGCUGACUCUGGGGCUUUGUCCUCCAGGCACUGGGUGAAAACAGGCCUGAGGGUGAGGUCUGCUGACCCCCAUUCGCGUUAAACCUGAAACCUUCCGUAUCUGGGCUUCUCCCCACAGCUUGGUGGCCCACAGAGCAAGCUUGUGGAGCGGCCGCAUAAAGCACCCAUUGACGUAUUCACACAACAGGCUUUACUGAAAGCUCGUGCAGGUGCUCAAUGAGUCCUUGUUGGACUGGAUUUGUCUGGCCUUGCCCCUGAACAGCCUGUGGUCCCGUGGGACCUGAGCCAGGCCCUCGUCUCCCCCGGAUGCUCUAGGCUGACUCUCAGCUCAGAACAGGGAGUGUAAAGAUCAUGGCUGGGCAUUCAGGCGGCAUCGUUUGAGACAGGGUGGCCAGCAGUCCCUCCGUUAGCUGCCCCACAGCACCCCACAGCCGGUGUUCUCGGCGGCCCUCUCUGCUCCUUCCCAUGGGGACAGAGUGGGGUUUGGAAUGGCUUGCUGGAGAAGGAGAGGGCUCUUAACCCUGGCCCCACACUACCCUGCCCCUGGGUGGGGAGCAGAAGCACAGGGAUGGCCUGCGGAGUGAGAGGGAGGGUUUGGGAACUGGAGAUUUUCUGAGGACCGGCCUCCAAGUCCGGUCCUCAGAAGGAGCUCUCCAAGCUCCAGACUUGCAGCUUGAGAGCUCCAAGUGCCAUGGCUCCAAAUGCAGAGUCCGUGCCGUCUCCCGUUCAGAGGCCCCCAGCAGCCACAGCGGGCUGUGCCCACAGCAGCUGAGCAGAGCCACCCACGCCUCUGAAGGCCCGGCCUAAGCCUUUGUUAGAACACGACUCCCCAGAGGCACUCGGGCCCGGGGUCUUUCUGCGCCCCUGGCCUCACAGGUUCCCCCUUUGGAGCACUUUGCCUGCCUUCCCCAAGUCCCUAAGCCACUGCCCACCACGGCCCUGCUUGGGUUUUGCCACACUGGCAACCCAUCUGAAACCGGCUGCUGCUAGAAAAACAGAGGGCCGUGUGGGGCUAGCCGGGAGGUGCCUGCCGGGAGAGGUGGCCACUGGCAGCCAGGAAAGACACUAGGAGCUGGCAGGCAGAGGGGCGUUCAGAGGAGGGAAAGGGUGCAGAGCGUCCGCAGGAGGGCAGGGGCACUGCCCGCCCCCGCCUCCAGUGAGGCCUAGCACAAGCGUGGAUCUGCUCCGUGCUGUCUUCACGCUUUGAUCUGGGCAGGGCGGUUACCCUGGAGCAGCUGUCCGCAGCCCCCGGGUCUGGAGACAGAGGUCCGCCCCAUGCAAGGGCCGCUGGAAAUACGCUGACAUGUGCAGUCUCCGUUCCAAGCUAUUCCUGGCUUUUGUGGCAUCUCCUCUCAAACCCAAGUGUCAGGUGUGCGGGCACAAAGGGCCUUGUGCGGGCAGAUCCACCCCCGGCACAAAGGGAAUGUGGAAUGUGGCGAAGGGUUCGCCCAGGCCAGAGCCGCUGUUCAGCUGCCUGGGGCUUUCUUUCUCUGAUCGCUGACCUCUGGGGCCGCCCGCCUGCCCCGCUCACCUCGUGCCUCUGGUCACGAGGGCCACGCCCGUGGGUUGUCUGGGCCUGCGGCUGGAUCCGCCCUCUCUCAGAGAUCCGGGAAGGGCUGGGGACGCCCCAGGGCCCUCCUUCCGGCUGGUCCUGGAGCAGCCCGGAGCCACCAGGAUCACUUUACUGCCCAGGGAGGGACCACACGCAACCCAAACCGGCCUCGGGACAGCGUGGGGGGAGGUCGCCAUAAAUGGUCCCAGGCCAAACCCCCAUAAGUCCCUUGGCCACAGUCUGGCCAUGGUCCUGGUUGGAACCUGUCGGCAACACCCACCGAGGGUCCUCUGCAGCUACGUAAACACCUGAGACGCACCUUGUCCCAGAAGAGGUGGGGCGUGCUUCCAGGAGCAUCGAAAGAGGGAGCACUUGAUCUUCUAAGAAACUACUUCAGAAAAGAGCAAGUGAGGGUUGGAGGUGAUGGGAAAGGCGGCCCUGAGAAAGUUCACUGUAGAUGACACAGCAGAAGGUCAUGGAAGGGGGGCCUCUGGGGACCACCGAGGACGGCGGCUCUCAAAGCAGCCGGAGCAGAGCCUCUGCCCGAGGUGCAGCGUGGAGGGUGCUGCAAGCUCUCCCCUCGCUCGGGACCGCUGUGCCCUCCCCACCCUGUCCGCCACCAGCUCCCAGGCCCUGCCUUCUCCGCGUGCGGCUGCCCCGACCUGAGGGAGGGCCCCCGGGCAGCUGCUCCUAUUGCCUCCCGGGGUGGUCGCACCUUUUCUUGGCCAUGCUUCCCAGCAGCCGAGGCCCCUCCGGAAGGCUCGCAGAGCCCCGAGUUCUUCCCCACGAGCCAGUGCUUCCCGGGCAGAGGAGGAGUAGGGAUGGACGCGGGGACCUCCCCCGCCCCGUCAGGGCAGGGUGAGGCCUCUCUGGGUGUAAGUAAGGUCACCUGGUUGCUCACUGUAGCCUCUGAAGUGUGGGCUCUGGCUCAAGACUCCAGUCGGCCAGAGACCCACCACGAUCAAAGCACUAGUGAGGGCAACCGUCCUGGACCUGAGGCCGCAGCUGUGGGGAGGGGCCUCGCCCACAUGCCCCACUGUCGGCCCGAGGCGGGCCGUUGCCAAGCCUCUGUGUGCCCUGGGCACUUAAUCCUCACGAGCACUUAGUGGACGGCCUCCCAGAUCCCGUCUGCCCUGCCCGACGAGGCCACCCCAGGUCUCCACCCCCUCUCCCCGGAGCCGGGCCGGCUCCCCACUCCACCGCCCAGUCCAGUGGCACCCUCUUGGGUUUCAAAUCUCCUCUCUGGUGUUUGAUGUCUGUUUUUGUUACUACCUUGGGGAUUUUUAACCUUCGAUUGUUUCCUCCGGUGUCCGUGUUUACCUUCCUCACUCUCUACCUCCUGGCCAGGUCUCUCAGCUCAGCUGCCCUGGCGUGGGGUGUUUCUCCGACCUUCCAGCCGCAGCUGCCUCCCCGGGCCGGCCGGCUAGGGGGUGACGGGGCCUCCCCUCCACCUGCAGACCCCAGGGCGGGGGGUGUGCUCUGCGUGGACGUCUGUCUCGCUGAGUCCAGCCUGCUCAACGAGACAGACGUGGGGUGUGGAGGAGGGUCCAGGGCGCAAGUCCGCUGCUUCGGAGAGGACGUGCCCUCAGGAGCAGAGCGGGCAGCCGCCGCCACCGGGGUCGCGCUGCACCCAGACCUGCCCGCAUCCAGACUCCCCGUCCCGUGGGGACCUCGACUUGGGAUGAUAAGGCUUUAUUUGUAAAUAUGCUCUUAAUAUGCAACUCUGAGAAUAAAAUAGAAACAUCGUGUAUUUUAAAAUAUGAGAUGAAGUGUGACGCACUGUAUACAAUUUAAUAUAUAUUUUUAGGAUUUUGUUAUUUAAGAAAAUGGAAUGUAAUGGUACUUAACUUUUGCAAAAGAGAGAAAAAUGUUAUUUUUACUGCCUGGAGAAAAUAAAUAUUCUCAUUGUUGUAGAAA